UAUUUAAGUCAGAGCAGCAGAAGCAGUGGGAGCACAGGUUACCGUUUCUGUCACAAAAUGAAGCUGGUUCCUUGGGUGAUAGUGCUGCUUGGCCUUGGCUGCUGGUCAACAGCUUCAGCUAUACUCCCUCCGCACAACGAGAGCGCGGUGGCCUGGGACCACCACCACAAUGUGAGCGGGGCGGCCUGGGACCACCACCACAACGUGAGCGCGGUGGCCUGGGACCACCACCACAAUGUGAGCGGGGCGGAGGCCUGGGACCACCACCACAAUGUGAGCGAGGUGGCCUGGGACCACCACCACAAUGUUAGCGGGGCGGAGGCCUGGGACCACCACCACAACGUGAGCGGGGCGGUGGCCUGGGACCACCACCACAACGUGAGCGGGGCGGAGGCCUGGGACCACCACCACAACGUGAGCGGGGCGGAGGCCUGGGACCACCACCACAACGUGAGCGGGGCGGAGGCCUGGGACCACCACCACAACGUGAGCGGGGCGGCCUGGGACCACCACCACAACGUGAGCGUGGUGGCCUGGGACCACCACCACAACGUGAGCGGGGCGGAGGCCUGGGACCACCACCACAAUGUUAGCGGGGCGGAGGCCUGGGACCACCACCACAACGUGAGCGCGGUGGCCUGGGACCACCACCACAAUGUGAGCGCGGUGGCCUGGGACCACCACCACAAUGUGAGCGCGGUGGCCUGGGACCACCACCACAAUGUGAGCGCGGUGGCCUGGGACCACCACCACAAUGUGAGCGCGGUGGCCUGGGACCACCACCACAAUGUUAGCGGGGCGGAGGCCUGGGACCACCACAAUGUUAGCGGGGCGGAGGCCUGGGACCACCACAACGUGAGCGCGGUGGCCUGGGACCACCACCACAAUGUGAGCGGGGCGGAGGCCUGGGACCACCACCACAAUGUGAGCGAGGUGGCCUGGGACCACCACCAAAAUGUGAGCGGGGCGGCCUGGGACCACCACCACAAUGUGAGCGGGGCGGAGGCCUGGGACCACCACAACAUGAGCGCCAAUAUAAGUGCAGAGACUCUGGAAGACAUGGAGGAGAACCUGAUUGAGGAAGGAGACAUCAUCGCGAGGGAAGACCGGAAUGCGUUAACGUGGUGUGGUCAAAUGCGAUUGUCCCUUACGAAAUCAAUCCAGAUGUUGCUCAUCGAGUGGCUGAAAUCCAGGAAGCCUUCAGGAUGAUCUCAGCACCUACUUGUAUUCGCUUUGUUGCUCACACAAAUGAGCUGAACUACAUCAAAAUUAGAGAUGGCAACGGCUGUGCGUCCUCUGUCGGUGUGAGUGGGGGAGGCCAGUCGCUCUACUUUGCACAGUCCUGCUCCGUGGGGAACCUGGUGCAUGAGCUCAUCCACGCCUUGGGGUUGUAUCAUGAGCACACGCGUG